GUUCGCCAUGUUUUCAUACCAGAUACCCGUGUUCGGCAUCGCUGUUGCGCGCCUCGUGGCCGGCCAACAGAGCAAUGCUCCGGUGAUUCCUGGAGCAAGUAGCUACAACGGCCUCGCCUUGACCCCGCAGAUGGGAUGGGACAACUGGAAUGCGUUCGGCUGCAACGUCAACGAGUCGAUAUUGCUGGACACGGCUCAGGCCAUGGUGGAUUACGGUCUGAGGGACUUGGGUUACAAAUACGUCGUGCUCGAUGAUUGCUGGUCCUCCGGUCGAAACGAAACCGGGCACCUCGUGCCGGACAGCAACAAAUUCCCCAAUGGAAUGGCUCACGUCGCCGAUCGAAUUCACGCGCUUGGUAUGUACUUUGGCAUGUACAGCUCCGCCGGCAUCUUCACCUGCGGCAGAUACCCAGGGUCGCUUGGAUACGAGCAAAAGGAUGCAGACACUUUUGCGUCUUGGGGCGUUGACUACCUCAAAUAUGACAACUGCUUUAACCAGGGCCAAAGCGGAACCCCCCAGAUCUCUUUCAAUCGGUACAAUACCAUGAGCCAGGCGCUGAACAAGACGGGUCGCCCAAUCUUUUACUCCAUGUGCAAUUGGGGCCAGGACAUGCCGUACGACUGGGCGUACACUAUUGCAAAUAGCUAUCGUAUGAGCGGAGACAUUUAUGACAGCUUCAACCGUCCAGACAGCCGCUGUCUGUGUGGAGAGGAUAUCCCGUGCAAUUUCCCCGGCUUCCACUGUUCAGUCAUGGCAAUUCUGAACAAGAUGGCUCCCAUCACCAGCCGCUCUAUGUCGGGCGGGUUUGCCGAUAUGGAUAUGCUCGAAGUCGGCAACGGCGGUCAAAACGACAACGAAUACGUCACUCACUUCUCCAUGUGGGCGCUUAUGUCUUCGCCCUUGCUCAUUGGCACCAACGUUAUGUCGCUAAGCCCGGCCAAUCUGGCAAUAUAUUCUAACCCAGCGGUAAUUGCACUCAAUCAGGAUCCUUCUGCUAGCUCGGGAAUCCGAAAAUGGAGAUAUUAUGUGAACGACACAGACGAAUAUGGGCAAGGCGAAAUCGCGCUGUGGACCCGCGUGUUGAAGAACGGAGACACGGUCAUUGCCCUCAUCAAUGGUGGCAACAGUAGCCGGACAAUGAACGCCACGGCAAGAGACAUCUUCCUCGACCAGGCCACCGCAGGUACUUAUGUUCCCGCUCCAGAGCUGAGUGAAAGCUGGGAUGUUUACGAUUUGUGGGCAAAUCGAAUGAGCGAUGAAGAAGCCAGCACUUUGCUAAAGGGGAACGCGUCAAUCGUUGCAAACUCAACCACUCGUUAUAAUGCAACCGCAACGAGCUACGCGGACGGUUUAAGUCAGAACAACCCCGCUUUAUUUGGCUCUCGAGUCGGCACCUUGGCCCCCGGAGGCACGUGGACGGCAGAAAUCCCGCGACACUCUGUAGGUUUGUACAGGCUUAGGCGAGCAGGCACUUCGUUGAGAAAAAGAGACGAGCUGUAGAAAGCGGAGAAUGUACGUAGAAUAGUAUUGAAC